CGAAAUCUCUUUUUUCUUCGGGGUGGGUUCUUCUGGUUCUCUUGUCUUCAUCUCGUCUCCUUCCUCGCCCAGCGCACUGCCCUUGACUGUUUUUUUUCUCCUUUCUCUUUUAAUAUUUCACGCAGUGAAUAAUUAAAUUUCAAUUCCUUGCGUCUGUUCUUUGUAUAUCGGCUCGUAAAUUUCGCUUUCUAAAUUGGGUUAUGAUUGAAACGCUAAGAUUGGAAGAGGGUAUCGAACGAAUCCGAAGAAGGAAAGGGAAGAACUUAACUUGCAGCGACCUCGCUUGAUCGAUCGCCAGUCUUUAACACGAAACCAAGGUUCACUAAUCGCGCGAGGUCGAAGCCAGCGACUUUGAUAAUCUUCAGUAUAUGAUUAUUUGAUCAAUUAUAUUUAGGGUUUUGGGUUGAAGUUUUUUUGUGCGUUCUAUGCUAUUCGUUGGAAUUCGAAGAUGUAUAGCAAUUUCAAGGAGCAGGCGAUAGAAUACGUGAAGCAGGCGGUUCAUGAAGAUAAUGCGGGGAAUUACAGCAAGGCUUUUCCCCUUUAUAUGAACGCCUUGGAGUACUUCAAGACCCAUUUGAAGUACGAGAAGAACCCUAAGAUUAAGGAAGCAAUCACUCAGAAAUUCACCGAGUACCUCAGGCGGGCUGAGGAGAUUCGAGCUGUUCUUGAUGAUGGAGGGACCGGCCCUGCCUCGAAUGGGGAUGCUGCAGUCGCUACACGGCCCAAGACAAAGCCCAAGGACGGAGAAGGAGGAGAUGGGGAGGAUCCUGAGCAAGCUAAGCUUAGGGCGGGCCUUAACUCAGCUAUAGUAAGGGAGAAGCCGAAUGUGAAGUGGGGCGAUGUGGCUGGACUCGAGAGUGCCAAGCAGGCAUUGCAGGAGGCAGUUAUCCUGCCAGUGAAGUUCCCACAGUUUUUUACUGGCAAGAGACGACCAUGGAGGGCUUUUCUUUUAUAUGGUCCUCCUGGGACUGGAAAGUCAUACUUGGCAAAGGCUGUUGCAACAGAAGCAGACUCGACUUUUUUCAGUGUUUCUUCAUCAGACUUGGUUUCUAAGUGGAUGGGUGAAAGCGAAAAGUUAGUUUCAAACCUUUUCCAAAUGGCACGUGACAGUGCUCCCGCAAUCAUCUUCGUGGAUGAAAUUGAUUCAUUAUGUGGUCAGCGUGGUGAAGGCAAUGAGAGCGAAGCUUCUAGACGUAUCAAGACAGAACUUCUUGUGCAGAUGCAGGGUGUAGGCAACAAUGAUCAGAAAGUUCUUGUUCUUGCAGCUACAAACACUCCCUAUGCUCUGGAUCAGGCCAUUCGUCGACGAUUUGACAAGAGGAUUUACAUUCCUCUUCCUGAUUUGAAGGCUAGGCAGCACAUGUUCAAGGUACAUCUAGGGGAUACCCCACACAACCUAACUGAAAGUGACUUCGAGCACUUAGCCCACAAGACAGAGGGGUUCUCAGGUUCAGAUAUUUCAGUUUGUGUUAAGGAUGUCCUCUUUGAACCUGUUCGUAAAACCCAGGAUGCUAUGUUCUUUAUAAGGACACCUGAGGGCAUGUGGGUUCCAUGUGGACCGAAGCAGCCAGGAGCUAUUCAGACCAGCAUGCAGGACCUUGCAGCAAAGGGCCUUGCUUCACAGAUCCUUCCACCACCAAUCACAAGAACGGAUUUUGAUAAAGUACUAGCAAGGCAGAAGCCAACUGUGAGCAAAGCUGAUCUUGAGGUGCAGGAAAGGUUCACAAAGGAAUUUGGGGAAGAGGGUUGAUGGGCUUGAAUUGGAAGAGGACACUGAGCUGGUUGUGAGGACUGGAAUUAUAAUUUGUAUCUUUAUUACCAUUGAAAUGUGCAUCUUUGUAGCCGCUACAAGUGGGAAGGUUUCAUAAACUUGUAUGAAGGUAAAAAUGCUUGUCAUGAUUUCAUACUUUCAUAAAAUUUGCUUGUUUCUUCAGGUCACCAGAGAUUAAGACUUCUACCACCAUUAUUACAACCAUUAGUACUGGUGGUGGCAUCUUCUUGUGGUGGCAUCUCUUGUAAUCAAAGUGGUGAACUGAGAAGUUGUAUAACCUUCUUUUGAUUGUA